CAUGAGUUUACGUAAAAUCAUUCUUAUUUUGACGUUCGUUCCUCAAGAUUUUGUUUGCUUAUAUGCAGAUAUACAUUCGAAAAAUCAACCGCAGAGUAGUUUUCAGAGUAGGCGGGAGAAACGUAGUCGCGACUUGGCCAAACUCCAGUCAAAACGCACGCUCGCGCGCGAAACAGAGAGAGCGGACGAGAUCUUUAUUUAUAACUUCAGGUGUGCGAGUAGUCAGUAGUUAACAUCAUUCCGAAUUACAAUGUACUGUAACGUUUAAAACGCUUUAAAAAAUCAGCAAAGUCAAGGGGAAAAGAAGGAACGAUGUUAUCCAGCCAAAGUUGGACAUAGGUACGCGAGCUUUUAUGCUACGCGCAAUAACGAGCGAACAAAUCAUUAAACCGUCUUUAAUGAGCCCGAGAGGACAAUUGAAUCAACUUGGUGCACAGCAACUCCGAGUGUUUAUUCUUACGUGUGUCUGUGUCUGUGUGCGCGCUUCCAAGCAAGUGUAUAAUACAACAUUAUAUAUUACGGCUGAAGCUUUCAAGUAUCCAUCAGUAAGCACAGAAGAGGCGCGAGAGAGUGAGUGCGACGCGCGAUUAGUAUUCCGCUGACCGGCAUAAUGGAUGGCACGACGUUCAAGGUGGUGUGCUGCUGCUGUAUUUUCUUGCUUCUACAAUUGAGCUCCGUGUCGGCCGUGCGCUACAUCGACGACACGGAUUACAGCGAUUUCGAGUUUUACAAGGAUCUGCCGGAGCAUCAGAUGGCAGCCGAUCAACCGCCUCGCGAGAGCGACUUUUACAUCGAAAGCGAGGAGGUAGCUAAACACCAACAUCAACGCAACAGGCAUGACGUAGCGACUAACAAUGAUAGAGAUAGAAUUAUUAAUCCUGCCGAUAGUAGAGUGCCUGUAAUAUUGCGCGACGGCCAGCCCUUGACGAUCACUCUGAGCGAGUUCGUCGAAACAGCUGAAAAACAACCGCCAGCGGAUCGUAUUUAUCGAUACACCAAGCACCGCAUACCGGGCUACGAUUAUGAGGAACUCGCCGGUGAGUACAGCAAUGGCGAGUACGCGCGCAAGUAUCAGCGCCAGCGCUGCGACGAUCGAUCGGUCUGGACGCACUGUCUGUGCCAGUUCACGUGCAGCCAGCCGAGCGUCGUCGACUGCUACACGCCCUGCGCCCCGGGCUGCGAGUGCAAGGAGGACUACGUCUACGACGAGAAGGCAAGGAGAUGCGUGACGCCCGAACAGUGCCAGCCCGACGACGAUUACUUGAUAUACCGAUUUACAGAUCAAUAAUUCGGAGAAAACUUACAUUUGGAAUUGGGGCAAACGAUGCGCUGGCAGCAGCAACGCAAGAUCG